AUGUCCAGAUCCGGGGACAGGACCUCCACCUUCGACCCCAGCCACAGCGACAACCUGCUGCACGGCCUCAACCUGCUGUGGAGGAAGCAGCUGUUUUGCGACGUGACCCUGACGGCCCAGGGCCAGCAGUUCCACUGCCACAAGGCCGUGCUGGCCUCCUGCUCCCAGUACUUCCGAUCGCUCUUCUCCAGCCACCCGCCUCUCGGGGGAGGGGUCGGCGGCCAGGACGGCCUGGGGGCCCCCAAGGACCAGCAGCAGCAGCAGCCGCAGCAGCAGCCUUCACAGCAGCAGCAGCCACCGCCACAGGAGGAGCCCGGGACUCCUUCCUCCUCCCCCGACGACAAGCUGCUGACCAGUCCUCGAGCCAUCAACAACCUGGUGCUGCAGGGCUGCUCAUCCAUUGGGCUGCGCCUGGUGCUCGAGUACCUCUACACGGCCAACGUGACCCUCUCCCUGGACACUGUGGAGGAGGUGCUGUCGGUCAGCAAGAUCCUGCACAUCCCCCAGGUCACCAAGCUCUGCGUGCAGUUCCUCAACGACCAGAUCUCGGUGCAGAACUACAAGCAGGUGUGCAAGAUAGCGGCGUUGCACGGCCUGGAGGAGACCAAGAAGCUGGCCAACAAGUACCUGGUGGAGGAUGUGCUGCUGCUCAACUUCGAGGAGAUGCGCGCCCUGCUGGACUCGCUGCCGCCCCCCGUGGAGUCGGAGCUGGCGCUUUUCCAGAUGUCCGUGCUGUGGCUAGAGCACGACCGCGAGACCCGCAUGCAGUACGCGCCCGACCUCAUGAAGCGCCUCCGCUUCGCACUCAUCCCGGCCCCCGAGCUGGUGGAGCGGGUCCAGUCAGUGGAUUUCAUGCGCACCGACCCAGUCUGCCAGAAGCUGUUGCUGGACGCCAUGAACUACCACCUGAUGCCCUUCAGGCAGCACUGCAGGCAGAGCCUGGCCAGCAGAAUUCGCUCUAACAAGAAAAUGCUGUUAUUGGUUGGAGGAUUGCCUCCUGGACCGGACCGGCUCCCCAGCAAUUUGGUUCAGUAUUAUGAUGAUGAAAAGAAGACAUGGAAAAUACUCACAAUUAUGCCAUACAACAGUGCCCACCACUGUGUUGUGGAGGUAGAAAACUUCUUGUUCGUGCUGGGUGGAGAGGACCAAUGGAAUCCAAAUGGAAAACAUAGUACAAAUUUUGUCAGCCGAUAUGAUCCCCGAUUUAAUAGCUGGAUCCAACUUCCACCUAUGCAAGAAAGAAGAGCCAGUUUCUAUGCAUGUCGGUUGGACAAACAUUUAUACGUUAUUGGUGGAAGGAAUGAAAGUGGCUACUUGUCCAGCGUGGAGUGCUAUAACCUGGAUACAAAUGAAUGGCGUUACGUGUCCUCUUUGCCUCAGCCUCUGGCAGCUCACGCAGGAGCAGUGCACAAUGGGAAAAUAUACAUUUCAGGGGGUGUACACAAUGGAGAAUAUGUCCCAUGGCUGUAUUGCUAUGACCCUGUUAUGGAUGUCUGGGCUCGAAAACAAGAUAUGAACACAAAACGCGCAAUCCACACUUUGGCUGUAAUGAAUGAUCGCUUGUAUGCAAUUGGAGGAAAUCAUUUGAAAGGUUUCUCCCACCUUGACGUAAUGCUUGUGGAAUGCUAUGACCCAAAAGGUGACCAGUGGAAUAUUCUCCAGACUCCCAUCUUAGAAGGCCGCAGUGGUCCUGGCUGUGCUGUGCUUGACGACAGCAUUUAUCUUGUGGGAGGCUACAGCUGGAGUAUGGGGGCCUACAAGUCGUCUACAAUAUGCUACUGUCCAGAAAAAGGAAGCUGGACAGAACUCGAAGGAGAUGUAGCAGAGCCUCUGGCAGGCCCUGCCUGUGCAACAGUUAUCCUGCCCGCCUGUGUGCCCUACAACAAAUAACACCAGGAAACCCUGGAAUGAACAGUAUCACGUCCUAGAAACUGUGACAAGUGACGUUACUGUCCUAUGGGAACCGUGCAUUCUGAUGGCACAACUGCCAAAACCCACCUUUGAUUUCUGACGAUUUACAAGUAACUACGAAAGAAAGAGAUCUGUUCUUGAGCAGAUACUGUGUCCAUAACUCAGAUCACACCCAACUUCCUGUGGUGACAGACUCUUUUCCAUUUCAGACUGAUUUUAACUUGUCCCAGCUUUACAAAAACUCCUCAUCUGAAUCUUAACUUUCAAAAGGAAAAAGAUAAAACACAACAGACUGGCCCCAGAGAGACCUAAGAUCAGUAUUGUGCAUUGUAGUCUACCUGCAUGUGAUCGAUGUUGACAUUU